CAAGGGGAAAGCGAGUUUACUUUAAAACAGUUUAUUAUUAUUAUUAUUAUUAUUAUUAUUUUGUAAAUAAGACGUUUCCACAUAUUCCAUGUAACAUGUUUGUCUUUUAGCUUGCGCAUACAUUUUGAGAAUUAUGUGAAUGACUCGAAAUUCAUCAUAAACUACAUCACCAGGAAAACGUGUUUAUGGCUUCCUGUCUGUGUCGAUACCGCCGGCAGAUCUUGUUCUUCUGUUCGCCGUGCAUAUUGCUGCUCCCAGUCUACAUAUAUGUCUCAAUUUCUUUGUCCUAUGUCAUGAAACAUGGGGCACCUGGUGCACAUGUUGUUCAUUCUGUGCUGCCGACACACUUCACUGCCAGCGGUCUCAAACACUCCAGAGAUCUGGCUCCUCAUCCUGUCAAACCCUUCUGGAGAAACGAGCCAGAUAGUAGCGCUCUGUGGAACAUCAUCCAGUUCAAGACGGAUCUCCAGUAUAACCCUAUCCUAAAGCCUCAUCUGGCUGCAAAAACAUCCAGUGGUUCUUUCAACACAGAAACAUCCAGAAGGACUGGGGUUGAAUGUUCUCCAAAUUAUGAGAUUAACAAUAUAAUGCAUGAUUAUGCUAAUCUACCCAUCCAGAUGAAGAAUUUUGUGACCACUAUGCACUGUCGAGACUAUCCGCUGCUCAUAGAUCCUUUAGAUGUUUGUGAUGCUCAAGCAAAGAAAACGGCACCGUUAUUGCUCAUGGCCAUCAAAACUCAGACUGCAAACUUUGAUAACAGGGAAGCCAUACGAGAAACUUGGGGGCGUUCAGGAAGAUUAAAAACCAGAGGUGGACGGCAAAGGCUCGUUCGCAGGGUCUUCCUUCUGGGGAGGUCCAAAGACUUGCAAAUUGAAGAGAAAUUGCAUUUGGAGAGUGAAAAGUAUGGUGAUAUCAUCCAGUGGGACUUUAUGGACACCUUCUUCAACCUCACCCUGAAGGAUGUGCUGUUCUGGGACUGGUUUGCAAGACGCUGCCCACAUGCCCAUUUCAUUUUUAAGGGUGAUGAUGAUGUAUUUGUGAGGACACCUGCUGUCCUGGACUAUCUUCUAGCUGAAGCAGCAAACCAAAGCUUCUCAAAUGGAUCCAGGCAGGCAAAUAAAAUGGAGACGUUUGUUGUGGGGGACGUGAUAAGCAAUGCCGCACCUAUACGCUCUAAUGGAACGAAGUACUACAUCCCAGAGAGUUUCUAUAAAGGGCUGUACCCUUCAUACCCUGGUGGAGGAGGGAUGCUUUACUCUGGUUCUCUGGCACAUAGGCUUUUAGAGGUGUCACAGAGGGUUCAUCUGUUCCCCAUUGAUGACGUCUACCUGGGUAUGUGUCUUCAGAGACUGGGAGUUUACCCUGUCCACCACCCUGCCUUCCUCACCUUUGACUUCCCCAAAGAUGAGCCCAAGGAACCCUGUGCGAAUCACACCAUCCUGCUGGUGCACAAGCGAAGCCCAGCUGAGAUGUUCCAUCUUUGGACUGAAACGUCGACACCCAGCACUGAAUGCAGAAAUGCAACGCUGAGAGUCAAACCUAGGCCUGUCUGAGAACCACAGACUCAUUUUUUUUUUUUUUAAGCAAGCUCUCAUUCUUCCU